AAAGACGGCAUACUAGAGGAGAGUAUCGGCACCGGCGGGAGUUCAUGUUUUGGGUGGCGCGGGCAUUGCAACGUGUGUGUUUGCAGAGUGUUGGUUUACGUUCCUUCACCAUGACUUCGAACUCCCCCACUCCCGCCAAGGUGCCCAAACUGACUGAGAGGCUGGUAUGGGUGGACCUGGAGAUGACCGGUUUGGAUGUGUCGAAGGAAGAGAUCAUGGAGGCAGCAGUAAUCGUGACAGACAGUGACCUGAAUAUUGUGGCUGAGGGUCCCAACCUGGUCUUGAAGGUGGAAGAUAAAAUCCUUGAUAACAUGAAUGACUGGUGCAAGGAACAUCAUGGAAAGUCAGGGCUGACUGAAGCAUGCAGGAAAAGCACCAUCUCGCUCUCUGCUGCUGAGGACCAGUUGCUGCAAUUUGUGGCCAAUCAUACUGAAAAAGGGAAGGCACCAUUAGCAGGAAAUUCAGUACAUGCAGACAAGAAAUUCCUUGACAAAUACAUGCCCAAAUUGAUGAAACAUCUCCACUACCGGAUUGUUGAUGUCUCAACGGUGAAGGAAUUGUGCAGACGAUGGUACCCUGAGCAGUUCUCAAUGGUUCCCACAAAGAAGGUGUCUCAUAGAGCUCUUGAAGACAUAAAAGAAAGUAUUGAAGAACUGUCAUAUUACAAAUCAUCCAUAUUUAAGUAAAACUUAUAAUACAAUAAAACCUUUUUUAAUUAACAGUUUAAUAUAGAUAACAUUGAUUGUGACAAAUCUUUCUAACUAUGAGGUAAGGUCUGGCCUAAGAAGUGUAAUGACUUAAUGUAGUUUGAUAUUACAGUGGUUGGCCAACUGA